AAUGUUUGGAGUGCAUGGGAAGUGGCAAGUGGGAACUAGGGGUUUGCAAAUAAGCCCAUUGAAACAUUAGCGAGAUACAUCAUAAACCACUGGGUUUGGAACAGUGUAUUGUAACAGCUAGUGCAUUUAAAAGGUUACUGGACGGAUGUUGGGUUGAUCGGUUGGCUGGUUGGUUGGUUGGUGGGAUAUGACAUCAUGGUCUGGUAUUUCCAUUGACGAGAUACUCUUCAGAAUGGCACGGCUACACGAACGACUCCAGGUCUCGUUUGACGAGUCGUUGCUGGUGGUUGGACGUCAGUUGGCUCAUUGGCGAGAGCAUCCCUUCCUCACCCAGAACCAGAUCGUUCAUCAUGUGCGUGAGUCUCUUCGACAUUUUUUGCAUAUUUUGAAGGAGACCAUUCGAGCUUCGCCUGUGGCGAGGAAAUGUCAGGAGAGCACGGAACGAGCCCUGAAGGCCAUUCUUCGACGACUCUUGCCCAUCUGGACUGAAUUAUCGAGGAACAGUCUUCUGGCGGGGACGGUGGGACUCGUUUUGGGGUACUCAAUAGCCAGAUGGUGGUGGUGGUGGAGGGGAGCUCCGGCCGGAUAUUCAAGCCAAGGAUGUCCUAUGAAGGCCAGACCCAUGCUAAGCCUCGUCCGAAAGUCUCACGGAAGAAAAAAAACUACCUCUCAUUUCGAGGUAUCCGAAGCCACCUCAAUGCCUAGGAUCGUAGUUCCAAAUCAAGUGCUCAUUCGAGUUCAAGCUGUUUCCCUCAUCAAUGCAGACAUUGGCCUGGCCAGUAAAUGGUUCGACGGCUGCAGAGACAUGGUGGGCUGCGUUGAGGAAUUGGGCCAUCAAGUACACCAUCUGUCCCUAGGGCAACAAGUCUGGACCGUUCUAGAAACGUCAAUGAACUCGAUAGCAGCCUUUGAGGUUUUGCCAGCCUCCAAAGUGUGCCCCAUCCCCUCCUCCCUGGAUUACACUAGUGCUUGUACGUUACCUUUGGUCGGAUUGAUAACCUUUCGGGAUCUGGGUAUUCUUGGGAAGGCUCAAAUCCAUCCGAACCGAAUUCCUGCUAAUACCUUAAAAUCUGUGUUUGUCGACGACGCCACCACGAGUUUGGGUGGAUUUGCCGUUCAACUCCUGCAGACAUGGGGCGUUGGGCGUGUGGUAACAUGUGUUCCCUAUCGUGCUGUUCCCCUUGUUAAGCACCUCGGGGUUGACUUGGUGAUCCCGUUCAUGCCCGACCGUCUUGAUACGGAAGAACAUUGCGCAGCUGAACUGCUGGGCGAGCCACCUUUUGAUUUAGUGUUGCGAACCAGUGAUUUACUCGCGCCAGAUUUCUGCGCGAAAUACACAAAGACCGAAGGCGCUAGACAAGUGGGCUUAGUCGUGUCAAGUGGUGAUAAAGCCGAGUUAAAUAAUAGUCUCCUGAGUGCACUGCUUUGGCCUUUCCGAGGCCGAUCAAGAGUAGUAGAUGUCCUUGACUGUUCUAAGCUGAUCCAAGUGAAAGAAUGGGUGGAAGCCGACUUGAUUCAAACGACAUUCUACAACGUUUUUGAUAUCACCGAUCUCGAUGAAGCUAUCAAAUAUCUUCAAGACAAGAGGGCUUUGGGCAAAUGUAUUCUUGACGUGUCAAAACUGUCAAACAAGGGGCUGAUGAUGAAUUGAAAUGCUUUGUAUUGAUCAAUAGUCUAUUUCAGGAUAUCAAUAUACUCUUAAAUCUACGUGAGCGUG